AUGUUUGGCUCAUUUGGUCUAAAAUUCAAGAUAGGAAUUGGAUUAAUUUCAUUAUAUACAUCAUUUGAAGUUUAUUUACAUGUUAGAACUUACUACCUUAUAGAAUCUAGAAAAAAUGAAUAUCAAAAAUUUAAAACUACAAAUAAUGAAAAAGAUUUAGAUUAUGAAAAAUUUAAAUCUUCAACUAUAGCAGGAAUGUUUGUAAAUCCAUUUGAAGAAUAUAGACCACAAACUGCAUUUGAAUUUAUUUUGGUUAGAAUAAUGGAACUUUUUGAAUCUAUAUAUGGUAAUACAUUUGAAAAACAUAAAAAAUUACCAAAUCCUCAUGAUGGAAUAAUAGAUGUUGAAGAUGAAUUAAAAUCUUUUAAACCAGAUUUAACAAGGUAUAGAAAUAAUUCUAGAAUUUUACAAAAAUGUUUAGAAUUAAAUAAUUUUCAAUCAUUAUUUGAAGAUUCAAAAAAUUGGUUUUUAAAAUCUAAAAUAAAUAUUCAUAAUCAAUUAUUAUUUACUUGGUUAGGUCAAUCAUGUACAUUAUUUCAAAUUUCUGGGGUUAACUUUUUAACAGAUCCAAUUUUAAGUAAUCAUUUGAUAACUCCAAAUUUUGGACCAAAAAGAUUAACUGAAUCACCAUUAACAUUUGAUGAUAUAAAAUUUGCAACUAAUGAUAAAUUAGAUUUUGUUUUAGUUUCUCAUGAUCAUCCAGAUCAUUUAGAAAUGAAUGUAGUUGAUAAAAUACGAAAUAAUACAAUUUGGAUUGUACCGUUGGGUUUAAAACGAAAAUUUUCAAGAAGAGGAAUACAUAAAGUUAUUGAAUUAGAUUGGUGGGAUAAAUUAGAUAUAACUAAAUAUAUUACAACAGAUUCUAAUUUUCCUGAUAAAUUUGAAAUUGAAUGUGUUCCUUCUAUGCAUUGGUCAGGAAGACAUGUUAUAGAUUCAAAUACAUCCCUUUGGUGUUCAUUUAUUUUAAAACGUAAUGGUGAAUCAUUAGUUUAUCAUGCAGGAGAUACUGGUUAUCUGAAAGAAUUAUUUGAUGUCAUUGGAAAAAAAUGUGGACCAAUAACUUUAGCAUUACUUCCAAUAGGACAAUAUUGUCCAAGUUGGCAUCAAAAACCAAGACAUAUUUCACCUGAAGAAGCUUUAAAAAUUUGUAAUCAAGUUUCUACAAAAUUUAUGAAAGGUAUACAUUGGGGAACUUUUAAAUUAAGUGGUGAACCUAUAUUAGAACCAAAAAAUUUGUUAACUGGUUUAACAAAAAAUUUAGGAAAAUCAAAUGUUUAUAAAGUACCUGAAUUUGGUUUAACUUAUUUAUAUGAUCUUCAACAAAAUAAAGAGAUCGAAUUGCAUAUAGAAUAA